AUAACUACGAAAGGGGUAUACGAAAGAGAUACCUCGACUGACUGCAGUAGGCAGCAACUCGGAUUCGUAGCUCAGGGCCUCACGUGUCAUUCUAAUGCCAGUAACCAGUAACCACUCACCCUCACCAGAAGCCAGUAUCCGUCACGCCACCGACCAGUAACCACGCUCGCUUAUUGUCGCAAGUUCUCCCCUGCCGUCGUCGCCACUCGGCGCGCUUCGGACCAACUCCGCUACAGCCUACUGUCGGCUGGGUACUGCUACAGUCUUCCAGUAGGGCUGCAAGAGGAGCGUCGCUCUGCCUUUGCUGCGAUGGCGUCCAAGAGUGAUUCUUCGAUCAGCCCAUCGUCCCAGCAGCACCGCCCUCCCACGGGCAUCGAGAUCCUCUUUGCCCAGCGCCUCUCCUCCUCUGCUGCCGCUGCUCCCUCCUCUGCUGCUGCCGCUCCCACCACUGCUUCUGCUCCCUCUGCUGCCGCCGCUCCCUCCACAGUUCCUGUCAACAGUGGGCCCUCAGCCGCUCCGUCCACAGCUCCUGCCAAGAAUCCGCAGGGAGUCGUUUCCGUUUCUGCUGUUUCCAUAGCCCCUGUCAAGAGCUCGUUAAAGCCACCGUCUGCCACUGCCUCCUCUGCCCCUGCCAAGGACUCGGUAAAGGAUUCCCCUGCCGCUCCUGCCACAGCUCUUGCCAAGAGUGCCUCUAGAAGCUCCUCUGCUGCUCCUCCCAUUGCCCCCAUUCCCAUCAAGAGCUCGUUAAAAGCACCCUCUGCUGCUCCUUCCCCCGCUACUGCAAAGAGUGCAUUGGGAGCCCCCUCUGUUCCCUCCCGUGCUCUGAAACCCUCGUUUAGAGAACCCUUUGCUACUCCCUCUCCGGCCCUUGUCAAGAGCUCGAUAAAAGCACCCUCUGUUGCUCCCUCCACUGCUCCUGCUAAGAGCGCCCUAGAAAGGUGGCGGAUUGAAGGGGGCAGUGCGGGCGCGGGGAAGGGCGAUGGUGGCGGGGCAGGCGGGGGGCGGUGGAGAGAGGGUGGUGGUGGGCAGGUGCGGGGUAAGGGUGUUGCUGGGGCUGGAGGCAAGGGCACGGGGAGAGAUGGAGUGAGUGGCGGCACGGGGCGUGGGAAGUGUGGGAAGGCUGGCAGCAGGCUGGCUGCAGAAAGAGGGGGAGUGGGUAGUGAGGAAGCAGUGAGUGGAGGGAAGGGAGACAGGGGAGCGGCAAGGGUCGAUGGUAGGAAGGGUGGCGUAGGGAGUCGGUGGAGCGAGGCUGCUCAACAGGCGAAGAGCGUUUGGGGCGUGGGGGAUGGGAUGGGUGUGAAAGCUGGUGGGAAGGUAGCUGUGAGAGGGGGAGUGGGCAGUGCGGAGGCGGUGAGUGGAGGGAAGAGUGAGAAUGCAGCAGCCAGAGCUGAUGGCGGUGGGGGUGCCGCGGGGGCGCAGCGGAGAGAGGCUGCUGACACUGGGAGAAUCGCUGGGGUGCCUGGCGCUGUUCUGAAGAGUGCUGGGGCUGCUGGGGCUGCUGGGUAUGUGAAGAGUGUGGGGCAUGGGAAGGGUGCCGCUGGGGCUGUUAGUAAGAUAUGUUCGGGGGCAGGUGGAGUGGGCAGGAAGAUGGGCGUUGCUCCUAGAGAGCCGAUCAGAGGGAAUGCUGCAGCAGGAAGCAGAUGGGCAUCAGCCACAGGGGGCAAACUGGAUGCAAGAAAGACGGGAGGGGGCAAAUUGGGAGAGGGCAAGUUGGUUUCAACCAUGGGCAGCAAGUGGGGAGGCAGCAGAUUGGGAGGGAGCAAAGAAGCGACCAGGACAGGCGCAAGUGAUAUUGGAGCGAAGAAAAUGCCUGAAAGCACGGUGGUGAAAAAUAGGGGUUAUUCCAGACUGGUCAAAGUUGGAGCUUUGAGGGCGAAAGCGUUGGAGGGGAGUGAGAAGGGGAGUGAUGGUGCGAGUAAGGACUGGAGAUUUGGGGAGAGUGAGAAAGGGAGGGAUGGCGCAAGGGAUAGAAGGAGAGAUAACGAGAGAGGCAUUGAGACUGAGAAAAGGAGAGACAGUGAGAGUGAGAAAGGUGGUGACGGUGAAAGGGAUAAAGAGAGAGGAGACGAGAGAGGCGUUGAGACUGAGAAAAGGAUAGAGGAUGAGAGUGGCACCAGGAUAGACGGUGAGAGUGAGAAAGGGAGGGACAAAGAGUGUGCGGAAUUAAGGGGCGGGGACAGGGGGGAAGGAGGGGAUGAUGAGACUGGGAGUAGUAUGGAUGCCGAGGGGGCGAAAGGGAGAGGCAAUGCCGGUUCAAUGUCGAAGCCUGGAAGGAACGGCGAUAUAGGGGCCAGGCAGCAGCUGUCGUUGCGGGAGAACUGGGGCAGCGGGGAGGGCGGAUGGGGAAAAGGGGGAGAGGAGGAGGAGCAUUGGAAUGAGGAAGAGGAGGAUGUGGAGAAGGAGCAGGUCCAAAGGGAGAUAGAGGAGCACGAGGAAGAGGCGGAGAAGGGAUGCCGAGGGAGGGAAGGGGGAAAGGAGGUAGAAGCAGGGUGGGAGAAGGAGGGUGGCAGUGCUGACGUGAGUUCAAGCCAGGAAGGUGUUGCAGCUCAACUGCUGAUGAAGGGUGGGGACGAGGCGAGGGGGGAAGAGGAUAAUGUUACGCGGCUCGCAAAAGAGGACAGUUUACGCACUCCAUGGAUGGUUGAUGAUGAGGCGACGGAGGUAGCUCCCAAGAGAGACGAGGAGGAAGAGGAGGAGAGAAGGAUUGAGGAAAACGUGAAGAGAGAAGUAGAGGUAGAGGCGAAGAGAAGGGAAGAGGAAGAGGAGGAGAUAGGGGAAGAGGAAGAAGAGGAGAGAGGGGAAGAGGAAGAGGAGAGAAGGGAAGAGGAAAAAGAGGAGAGAAGGGAAGAGGAAAAAGAGAAGAGGGAGGAAGAGGAAGAGGAGAAGAGAAGGGAAGGGGAAGAGGAGAUGAGAAGGGAAGAAGAAGAUAGAGGGGAAGAGGAAGAGAUGAGAUGGGAAGAGGAAGAAGAAAAGAGAGGGGAAGGGGAAGAGGAGAAGCAAGGGGGAAAGACAGAGAUGAAGAAAAGGGAAGAGGAACAGGAGAAGAGGAGGGAGGAGGAAGAGAAGAAGAGUAGGGAAGAGGAAGAGGAGAAGAUAACAGAAGACAUAGAGAAGAAUGGAGGGAGCGAGGAAAAGGAUAAGAGAAGGGAAAGGCUAUUGGAGAAGGGAAAGCAACAGGAAGAGAAGGAAUUGGAAAAGGAGGAGGAGAAGAGGAGUGGGGAAGUGGAGGAGGAGAGGAAGGUAGAGGAAGCAGAGAGCAGCGAAGAGGAAGAGAGCGCUGAUCGGAGAGAGCGGGAUAGAAGAAGAGGGGUUAAAUGGAAAACCCAGGAAAGGGAGCCAUGUUUAGAAGAAGCCUUGCAGCCAGGGGAAGAAUUGCUGUGCAUGAAUGAUGGGCAAAAGACAAAGCCACACUGUGCCCCAGGGAAGGCUGAGAAGCAUCUUACCCAGGACAUGGUUGGCAGCUUCCGACCAGCCAAGAGGCGAGUGCUGGGAUUCCGCUCUCGGCAGGAGAGUGGGCAGGAGAAGAGCAUUCACAGUGCAUCGAUGCGGCAUCUCGCAAGCAGAGAGCAGCAUGGCAUGUGCACAUCGCAGCAUGGCGCAUGCACCAUGCAGUAUGACAUGGAUGAGGUGGAUACCACAUGGCUUACUGCCUACAACAGCACCCUCACACAUCCCCAUGUCGCUGCUCAGCCGGCAGUGGACGGGGAAGGGGCAGGGAAGCAGGCGAAUGGGGAGGGAUUGCAGGGCCAGCAGCCUGCAGUGAAGCGGAACAGGCAGGAUGGGCAGCAAGGGCAGGCACAGGUGGAAGGGGCAGAAGGGCAUACAUUACCGGAUGGGUUGGUGGCCAGGGAGGUGUUACUUGAGAAAGGGCAUAUGCUGGGCUGCAAGGGGAGAGGUGGGAGUGGGAGGUUAGGGAGUGUGGCAUGUUUGUCAGAGGAGGCGUUUGAAGGCUGCAUGACUUUCCUGGAUAUGCACCCUGCUGCCGCUGCUGCUGCUCACGAUGCUGCUCGUGCUGCUGCUGCUGCUGACGAUGAUGAUGAUGGUGGUGCUGCAGAUGUAGAUGCUGGCUCUGCUGGUGCUGCGGGUGCCAAGGUGCAUGGAGGCUUAAAAUCAGAAGGAGAUGAGGAAACACUAAGAGCGGAGGAGGCAGAGGCAGGGCGUCAUGGUGCAGGGACACUGCGAUGCGACGUGUGCUUCCAGCCGGGGGAGACGCCUUACAACCCGUUGCUCUGCUGCGCGCUUUGCUCCACAGCCGUCCACCAGCUCUGCUAUGGCGCCGUGGGCCUUCCUCCCCUCUGGGCACCGAGCAAGCAGGCAGUGGCGAGCCGGUUCAAGUGGCGCUGUGUGCCGUGCCACCUGUACGCGCGAGCAUGCAGCACUUCUCACACGCCGUGCUCCCAGCGGCCUCCCCUCCUCACCUGUGCCUUGUGCCGUGUGGUGGGAGGCGGUGCAUUCAAGCCCUGCUCUGACGGCCCCCUGCCGGCCACCGCAGAGGAGCGUCAUGGGGAAGCAGAGGGGCGUCCUGAGAGAGCAGAGGAGCGGCUUGAGAGGACACAGGGGCGCAUAGUGAGACCAGAGGGACGUGGCGAGGCAGCAGAGGGAGCAGGGAUCCCUGGGGAGGGGUGUGGGGCCAUCGGUGCAGAAGGAAAUGAUUCUGCUUGUGCGGAUUCGAGGCAGGGUUUGGUUGAAGAAAAAGGGGCAGAGCGCAGGCAGGAUGGAUAUGAGCAGCAUAAGGGGAGGGCGGACCAGCAGAGGAGGAGGAGGAGAAGGUUUGCUGGCAGGAGCAGCGGCAGUGGGAGUGACCGAGAGAGUACCAGUGAAAGUGGGAGUGAUAGUGGGUGUGCGAGCAGCAGCAGCAGCAGCAGUGGGAGUAGCAGCAGUGAUACAUCAACCAAUGACUCGGCCGGUAGCCAGAGCAGCAGCGACGCGAGCAGUGAGCCAAGUAGGGGAGAAGGAGACAAAGGCAAGAGAGGCAGGAGGCGAAUGCAUGUGAGGGGGAGGAGCCGGCAGGAGGGUGGAACUUGUGCUGGCCACAAUGGUGGAGAUGCCAAUGCAGAGGGGUCUACAGUGGACGGCAGGAUGAGGAUGGAAGGGAGAAUGGGGGCACAUGGAACGCAGCACCUGCCUAGUUCAGCGGCAAAAGGAGCAAUCUUCAUUGGGUUGGUCGGUGGUAGCAAGACGGCAGAGGGAGGGGGGAGGAGUGGUAGGGGAAGAGACGGCGGCUCUGUGAGGGGAGGUGGCGAGAGGAGCACAGGGAAUGGGGAGCAAGCUGCUGGGCUUGAAAAGGGCACGAGGAUUCCUCUGCAAGAGACACGAGCUGCUCAAGUGGAUUCUGGUGGCAGGAGUGGCUAUGGAAGGAGCGCUAAGGCAGGCAUGUGUGACGAUGCGAAGGACGUGCGGCAAUUGGAGAAGGCCAUGCCAGCUGCCCUGAGGCACGUGCGCUGGGUGCAUGUGGCGUGCGCUCUCUUCGACUGCCAUGUGUUCUUCGGCAGUGCGGAGUUCCUCCAACCCAUCAUGGGUGUGACAGCUGCUGCAAAGAGGAGGGCGGACAGCAGGCAGUUGGCAGCAGCAGCAGCAGCAGCAGCAGCAGCAGCGUUAGCCAUGGAGCGCUGCACCUUCUGCCAUCAGCCGGACGGCCCGCUUGACCUGCUUCCGUGCGCUUACCCUCUCUGCGCCAUGUGCUUCCAUGUCCGCUGUGGCCUGCUGCAUGGCUGCUCCGCCAUUGUGCGAGAGACCGACCUGUACCAGCGCCAGGUGUCGGCCUUCUGCCCCUCACACGCUGCAGCUGUGCAGGGGGGCGAGGGGGACCCCUAUCCCUCACAUGGGCAUCCCCCCGCAGAGGAACCGCAGGGUUGUAAGGAGGCGCCAUUUUCAGAUGUACAUGAUGGUGUAGGGGCUGGGUCCAAGGCAGGGGUAGCUCCUUGCAGCAUGGUGCUGGAUGGAGUGAGGGAGUCAGAGGCGGAGGUCGAGUGGGAGCAGAAGCAUCCAGGGGGGGUGAGGGAGCACAUGCAGGCGGUGAGUGAGCAUUGGAGGAAGCGAAGGGCUGCAAAUGGAGGCAUGCCCUCACUGCUGCAUCUCGCGCAUGCCCGCAUGGAGCACGUAGAGGCAGCUCAGCUGAAGCCAUCAAUGGAUCUCCACGAAAACGCCCCUCCUCCUUCCACCCUCCCCAGUCCUUUUGCUGCUGCUGUCGCCGACGCUGCUGCUGCAGCUACCACUGUUGCUGCCACUGCUGCUGCUUCAUGGGAGAAGGUAGACCUCUGUGCACAUGCAGAGGAUCAGGCAGGCCAACUGAUCGAUGGGAGGGAGAGUAGUGGGUGGGUGUGUGACGACAGAGGUAUGGGCAUUGAUGGUAGAGACAUGGGCAGUGACAUGGCAAGGCAGCGAGAGCAGUGGCAGCAGGUGGUGGGAGAACAGGGGCUCAGAGCAAGCAGGGGAAGAGGUAGGAGUCCUGGUGCCGAUGGUGGUGGUGGUGAUGGUGUUGGUGAUGGUGGUGACAGUGUGAAUGGUGAUCAGGAUGCAUGGGGCCCAUGGGAUAUGCACCAGAGGCAAGAGACAGAGGAAUGUGGUGAGAGGACGAGAAAGGGUGGUGAGAGGAAGCGAGGGAGUGGUGGGGUGAAGAGAGAGAGUGGUGAGGCAUGGGAGCAGUGUGUCACAGUGAAGGACGAGAGUGGCGCAGAGCCGCCUGCCUCGCGUCCUGCAACUCCCACCAUGUCACCACCCCCACCCCCACCACCUCUCCCGUCAGCAGCACUGCUUCCAUCAGCGGAGACUCCGGUCGCUGCAACACCACCCGCACCAGCAGCAGCAGCGGCGGCAGCGGCAGCAGCGCCAGCGGCGGUGGCGGCGGCGGCGGGUACUGGUGAGGGCAGAGCGGGGUGUGUUUGGUGUGGGGGGCAGGGCGCGGCAGUGCAGUGCGUGGGGUGCCAGCAGCGCUUCUGCUACCAGUGCUUCAAGCGCCGCAAGGGCUUUGGCGUCAAGGGCUGGACCACAGCGCUCCGACAGCCGUCGUACACGUGCCCUGGGUGCUUGAGUGGGGAGACACACGCACAUGCGGACAUGCAUGGAGAUGUGGGCGUGUAUGCACGUGUAGCAGCGGUUUCUGGUGCGGUUACAGGUGCAGGUGGGAGGUGGAAGAAGCUAGAGAAAGUGAUGCAGGGAGAAGGGGAAGCUGAGAGGGUGGUUGGCCGUGGUGGCAAGGUGCAGGGGAGAGGAGGUGUGAAGCGAGGAAGGAAGGAAGUCAAGGAGGGGGGAGAGUGGCGAUUGGGUUGGGCGGAGGAUGAGGAGGCAGAGGAGAAAGACGAGGAGGAGGAAGAAGAGGAAGAGGAGGAGGAAGAAGAAGGGGAGGAGGAAGCGGAAGAGGAGGAGAAGGAGGAGGAGGAGGAGGAGGUGGAGGAAGAAGAAGAAGAGGAAGAGGAGGGGAGGAGGGGAGGGAGAGACAUCGACUUUGAGGAGGAGUUAGGGGUGCGCCUGUUUGGCAGGGGUGCGGGAAGGAGGGCGGGGGAGCAGAUGAGGACGACCAAGGAGAUGGAGAGAGGAAGGAGCCGGCAUGACUUGGAGCGAGGCAGGCAAGAGGGUGGAAGGGUUGGUGGCCGGCUGGCAGGCGUGCCAUGUACUGCUAGGGAUGACGAAUCAAAGGGGCCGAGAUUGGGAGCAAGGGGCAGGGGAAGAAGUGAAAGAUGUGGGCGCAGAGGAAGGAAUUUGUGGGAAGCAACCGAGUGGCGGAGUGAGAGGGGCAGAGCGUGGGAGGAGGAGGAGGAGGAUGUGCGUGGGCAGGACAAAGAGUAUAACGAGUGGGAGAUGGCGGAAAGACUGCUCCAGAAGGAGACAGUGCACGUGGGUGCUGUGAUCAGGGGGGAUGUGGAUGUAGUGAGCACUGAGAGGGAAAGCGAGGAGGAGGAGGACGAGGAGGAGGAGGAGGACGAGGAGGAGGAAGAGGAGGAAGAGGAGGAAGAGGAGGACGAGGAGGAGGAGGAUGAGGAGGAGGAGGAGGUCGAAGAGGAGGACGGUUACUCUGAAAAAGUGGAGCAAGAGACCGUGGGAGGCAUGGGGGAGGAAGUAGGAGCAGAGGCAGAGGGGCAGGAGGUGGAAGGAGUAGGUACGGAAUUAGAGGGCGAGGAGGAGGGAGAGGGGGAGGAGGAGGGGGAGGAGGGGGAGGAGGGGGAGGAGGUGUGGAAGCAGGAGUUGUGGAAGGGUGGUGGCGAUGGUGGCGAUGGUGGCGAUGGUGGGGAUGGUGGCGAUGGUGGCGAUGGUGGGUGGUGGAGCCGCAUGUUUCCUGACUCCCCACUAGCCACUCACGAGCAACACGACUCCCUUAACGUGCGCUCACCUCUGCAAGCACAUGUCUCAAGCCAGUCUCCCUCACUCCCAGCCCGAAACGCCCCAAAUUCUCAUUCUCCUCCUCCUCUUCCUGCCAUCGCUUCCCCUAGUGCAACUCCUUCCUCUCCUGCAACCCCUUCUCCUCCUAUACCCCCUUCCCCUCCUAUACCCCCUUCACGUUCUGUAGCCCCACCCCCUGCUGCGCCCCCUUCCCCUGCUCCAGCUGCCAUGUCAUCUCCCCCCCACACAACCAAAAGCAUCCCGCCACCUCCCUCCUACACAAUCCCUCUCAUCGCGCCUUCUUCCUCCCACGCAACCCCGCCCAUCUCACCAUCUCCCUCCCCUGUGCCGUGCUCCCUCCCGCCUCCUCACUCCCCCAACUCGCCCACUGCUGUGCGUCUCCCUCUGCCUCCUCCUCCUGUGCCCCUCGCCGUGCCCCUGUCUCCUAUGCCCCUGGCUCUGCCUUCGCCUGCUGCUUUUGGCGGGGGCAGUGCUGGCAUGGAGGGGCGACAAGAGGCGCGCAAGUAUGGAGGGGAGGGGGUAGAUUUUGAGACGUCCGACAGAGAUCCUCCUGUAAGAAUAAAUGGGGGCGGGACUGGUCCAGAGGGGCGAGGAGAGGGGCCCAAGGAUGGAGGGGAGGGGGUAGACCUUGAGACCUCUCAAAGUGGUCCUCCUGUAAUUGGUGGGGGUGGGAGUGGUGCAGAGGGCACAGGGGAGGGACGCAAGGAGAAAGGAGAUGGGGGAAUGGGAGUGGAUGUAGGGAAGGGGACGGCUGGAAGGGAAGGGUUGGAUGCAGGGGAGGUCGGUGGAAGCUGGAGUAAGCGGCAGAGGGUGGAGGUGGGGUGUGGACAGGUGCCAAUGCGGUUCAGAGCGGUGGAGGUGGGCUGCAGUGAUGCUGUAAAAGAAGUAGUUGUGGAAGGGGCAGAGGCAGGUGGAGUGGUGGGAGUGGGAAGCAGUGGAGCAGCAGCAGAGCAGCGGGGCUUGGUGGAAGGUGGCAAUGGUGGCACGGUGGGGAGCAAUGGGGGCAUGGUGGGGCAAAGCAACACCAACACGAGUGAGGGGCUCAGCUCUGGUGAGACUAUGAGGGCAGGCGGGGCUAGGCUCAUGGCAGGGACAAGGGGCAAAGGCCUGCGCAGAACGAGCAGCAGUGGCAGCAGCAGUGACGGUAGUGAUAGUAGUGAUAGCAGCGACAGCACUAGUGGCAGCAGUAGCAGCAGUGUCAGCAGCAGCAGCGAAGAGACUACCAGCAGCAGCAGCAGCAGCGGCGGCAGCAGCAGGAGCAGCAUGAGUGAGGGAAGGCCGGCUGCUGCUUUUCUUGCUUCUGGCGGGAGCAGGGGGGGGGAGGAGCAAGGGCAGCGUGUGGGGAAUGAGUUGAAAGAGAAAGCACAUGAGAGAAAUGAAAAGAGGCAUGAGGGGGAAGGCAAGGGGCAUGUGAACCUUGGUGUGGAGCAAAGGGGGAGUGAGGAUGGUGCAAGGGUAGGUGGAGCGGAACGUUUAGGCGCAAAGGGAGAGGAGGAUCGCAAGGGGAGGGAUGAAAGGGGUAGGGGGGUGAGAAGAGAAGAUGAGAAGGGAAGGCGGUUGAGUAGAGAAGAUGAGAAGAUGAGGGGAUUGAGGAGACGGGAUUUGAAACGGGAUUGGGAGACGACGGGGAACAGAGGGAAAAGGCCAGAAGAGGGAGGUUUGGGUCAAAGUGGAGAAGAGAGGGAGAGGGGAAGAGGAGACGAUGGAGUGAAAGAUAGAGAAUGGAACAAGAGAAAGCGCUCAGAGCACAGGGGCAGGGACGGGGGCAGGGAUAGGGACAGGAGGGUUGAAAGGAGGAGGGAAAGGGAAGAUGGACGGACAAGAGAGAGGGAAGGCAGAGAGGCAAGGGAUCUAGGGAGGGUGAGAAAGGGGGCAGGUAGGAUGGAUAGGGACAGGGCAGAUGGAAGGAUGAGAGGGAGGGAUGGUGAUAAGAAUCGGAAGAGAGGGAAUGAAGGUAGUAGAGAUGACAAAACUUUGUGCGAAAAGGAUGCAAAGGGGCGGGAACAGGACGAUGUCUUGGCAAGGGAGAGGGGGAUUACAGUCGGGAAGGGGAGAGACGAUGAAAGGCGUGAAUCGCACAUGCAACGGGAGGAGAGGAGCUGGAGGCAUGAAAAGAAGGGCUCAGACAACCGUGAUGGGGGGCUGAGUGGGAGGGAGAAGGGAGCUUCAGGCUCAAGAGUAGCGGCACCAGGUGCAGUGGAGCAGGACAGUGUGAGAAGGCGUGGGGAGGGCGAGAGGAGCAAUAGCUGUGGGAGCGGGGCGGAGCGGAAGCUGACGUUCAGACGGCAAGAGGGGGACCUGCUUGAACUGAAGAAAGAGGGUCAGCAGAGCAAGCAGGAGGGGCGGACACUUGAAUCUUCUGAUGCGCCUCAAAGGGCACAUACUAAGUCGAGGCGAGAGGAGGGGAAGAAGCCGACCAUGGGAGGGCAGGAAGGCCUUGGCGGUUCAGAGCGAGGUGGUGUGGGGAAAGGAAGCAGCGUGGAGCGUCGUGGUUCUAGGAAGGAGGGGCACUCUGUGCGGCACGAGCAACCUCAGAAGACAUUCAGAGCUGCGCGUAGCUAGAGAAUGGUCUUUGCAAGCUACGGAAGCUGCUCCAUUCUCAUAAGUAAAUUAGAGGAUCUCCGCCGUAAUGGUCACAAUUCUCAUGUCAAAGUCAAAUCUUGUUCCCUUCUCAUUGUGUCUGCAUGUGGGUUUAUUAUGUCACAAGACUAGCUUAGCUAGGAAGCCAUAAAAUGGCAUGAGGUUUAGCUAGGAGCUAGGAGGAGCCAUGGAAAUGGCGAGAGGUUUUAGGUGCUAGGAAAGUUGAGGAGAGAAAAGAGAACUAGAAAGGAAGAGAGGGAUACAAGGAGGGGUGUUGUACCCUCUACAGUAAUGUUCAGUAACA